AUGACCGAACAACCUCGCAUCCUGCGUCCGCGCCCGAGACGACCGUUCGAAAUAACACCCGCUUCUACGGAGUCAUCCGGGCCCCCAACACCGGCCGAGUCAACAGGCACCGAAUACCUGAACCCGAACGCAGACGCCAUGUCGAACUCAACGAGCGUGAGCCGUACAGGAUCGGUGAUGAACUUGACCGCAUCGACGCUAUACGGGAUCUACUCGCCCACGGCAUUUGACGGGUUCCGCGACGAGUCCAGUCCCUGGGGCACGGAAGCCAACAGCCCAGCAGCAGAGUUCCCGCCCGAACCAUUGCAGCGCGCAGCAGAGAAAUCCGCCAUCGAUCCACGACGGAUGGCGCUGCGGAGGACUCGGUCUCGAUUGAGUCACGGGUUAUUCCGAGGCGUGAUCUUGCCGCAGGCGUUGAGUAGCGUACUACUCUUUGGCUUUGGUGUUGCUUACGGUGUUAUCACGAUUCAUCUUCAUGAUAACCAUUGGAUUACGCCUGUCAAGCUGGAGAAUAUUCAUUACUACGAUUCGGGGCUGUACCUGGGCUUCUGGGGGCUGGCUGGUAUGGCUCUGGGUAAUCUGCUUCCUUGGUUGGAUGGCUGGCGUGAGGACAAGCUUGAGCAGUCUGAUCCGAAGCUUGCGAAUACCGAUGAGGAGAAUGAGGAUCGCACCCCGUCUUGGGUUACUGUUGCUCGCAGUGUUGGAGCGUUUGUCGGAAUUGCAUUUGCCAUGCGGAAACUCCCUUGGGAAUCUACUACACAAGCAUCGUUGACCCUCGCGCUCGCGAACCCCGUUCUCUGGUACCUGAUUGACCGCACCACGACCGGUUUCGUCCUCUCGACCACCGUUGGCUUGACCGGCAUGGCAGCGGUUCUUGGCCUCAAGCCAGAGCUUGUGCCCGCGUCGACCGGCCCAUCAUUCGGCGCUAGUCUUCUGAAUGGAACAGGACUGGAGAAUGUGCUGGGUGCAGGCAUCACACAGGAGAGCAUUGCAGUCGGCACUUGGAUUGCCAGUGUCAUUUUCUGCGCGUGCGUGUGCUUUGGAAACGUUGGCCGUCAGCUUAGCAUCGGAGCUGGCGUCAGAGAUGUCAUGAAGCCAUGA